UGUGGGCUGGGGCGGGGUCAGCGCGGGGUCAGAGUGGAUAAUGGCGGCUCCGGCUCCGGCCUCGGCCUCGGGCCUCGAGCUGCUGCGCGGCAUCGGCCUGAGCGAGCAGAAAGCGAAAGAAACCUUGAGGAACCAGGCGCUGAGCGGCCUCCUCCUCCAGGCCAUCGAGCAGGCACAAGCGAUUUUGGGAUCUACGCCAGACAAAGCAACAGGUACACUUCUGUAUAAUGCAGCCACUCGGCUCAAGGACCAGACUCACCUGGGCUUCCUGGUCAAGUACAUUGCAAAAAAGGAAGUGACCUCAGACCUACAGCUCAAUGCUUCUCUCGAUUAUAUUAAAAACCAUCAGCUGGGUCCAAUCGACAAUGCAGACUUUGAGAGAGAAUGUGGAAUUGGAGUGGUGGUGACACCGGAACAGAUUGAGGAAGUGGUUGAAGCAACAGUCAACAAGUACAGAAACCAGCUCACGUUGGACCGAUACCACUUUAAUAUGGGGCUAAUAAUGGGUGAAGUGAGAAAUAAACUGAAGUGGGCAGAUGGGAAGAUUAUCAAAAAUGAAGUGGAUCUUCAGGUUUUGAAUUUACUGGGUCCAAAGACUGAAGCUGAUCUGGAAAAGAAGGCGAAGGCUCCAAAGCAAAAGACACAAAAAGUGGCAACAGAGAGCAAAGAAGAAUCAACAGUUAAUGGUGAAGUGGAGGUGCAGUCUGCCUCUCUCAUGGAACAGUUGCGCGGAGAGGCAAUGAAGUUCCACAAACCUGGUGAAAAUUUUAAGACUGAAGGUUACACUGUCACUGCAAACACCAUGGACUUGUUGCAGAAACACCUGAAAAUUACAGGAGGCCAGGUACGAACACGGUUUCCACCAGAACCCAAUGGUAUUCUCCAUAUUGGCCAUGCAAAGGCCAUCAACUUCAACUUUGGCUAUGCUAAGGCAAAUGAUGGGAUCUGCUACCUUCGCUAUGAUGACACAAACCCAGAGAAAGAGGAGGAGAAAUAUUUCCGAGGCAUCAGGGACAUGGUGGAAUGGUUGGGGGAGAACUGGAACUGUUUAGUUUUGAGAACUUUGUUAUUACUUUCUCUGUUCUGCAGGGCUCAGGCAUAUGCAUGUCAUCAGAAAGUGGACGAGAUCAAGGGACAUAACCCACCCCCAUCCCCAUGGAGAGAUCGGCCCAUUGAGGAGUCUCUCAUUCUCUUUGAGGAAAUGCGAAAAGGGAUGUUUGCAGAGGGAGAGGUAACUCUUCGCAUGAAGCUGAUUAUGGAGGAUGGCAAGAUGGAUCCAGUGGCUUACAGAAUCAAAUACACCCCACACCAUCGGACAGGAGAUCGCUGGUGUAUCUAUCCCACGUAUGACUACACACACUGUUUAUGUGACUCCAUUGAACACAUCACACAUUCACUUUGUACCAAGGAAUUCCAGGCUCGACGGUCUUCCUACUACUGGCUGUGUAAUGCUCUGGACCUGUACUGUCCUGUACAGUGGGAAUACGGACGGUUGAAUCUGCACUAUACAGUCGUAUCAAAAAGAAAGAUUAUCAAGCUGGUAGAGACUGGUAUCGUAAGGGACUGGGAUGAUCCCCGAUUGUUUACACUGACCGCACUGCGUAGGAGAGGCUUCCCUCCAGAGGCAAUCAACAAUUUCUGUGCGAAGGUUGGGGUAACAGUUGCUCAGACAACAAUGGAACCUCAUCUGCUGGAGUCAUGUGUACGAGAUGUUCUAAAUGAGACAGCACCUCGGGCAAUGGCUAUUCUUGAGCCACUGAAAGUGAUUAUUACAAACUUCCCAUCCGACCAGCCACUGAAAAUCUCUGUUCCAAACUUCCCAGCAGAUGAAAAUAAGGGAUUCCACACGGUGCCGAUCACUUCCACCAUCUACAUUGAGCAGUCUGAUUUCCGGGAGGCGUCAGAGAAGGGUUAUAAGCGACUGACCCCUGAGCAAUCAGUUGGACUGCGACAUGCUGGCUUUGUCAUCUCAGUGCAGAGAGUUAUCAAGAAUAAGAAUGGGAAAGUGGUUGAGUUGGAGGCAACUUGCAUGAAAUCGGAGACAUCUGAGAAACCGAAGGCCUUUAUUCACUGGGUGUCGAAUCCUCUCAUCUGUGAACUACGACUUUAUGAGAGACUCUUCCUCCAUAAUUGUCCUGAGGACCCCAGUGAUGUGCCAGGAGGUUUCCUGAGUGAUAUUAACCCAAACUCCCUGAAGAUUAUUGAAGAUGCAAUGCUGGAUGUAUCUGUAAAAAAUGCCAAGGCAUUUGACAAGUUUCAGUUUGAGCGUGUUGGCUACUUCUGUGUGGAUCUGGACAGCACUGACCAGAAGUUGGUGUUUAACAGGACUGUGAUGCUGAAGGAGGAUCCUGGAAAGAUCUGAAGUGCUAUAUGUCCGUACGACACUUGAGCUCCAUCCAGAUGCUUCAAUCUUUUACCAAACGUCAUGGUGUUUUCCUGGCCUUGCUGCUACUGACAGGAGUGAUGGAGAAACUCACUUCUAGUUCCUUGCCCAAAAAAUUCAAAAUCAAAGUUCAGCGUUCAAGUUGAAGCAGUGACAACUUUUCUGCUUUCAAAUGAUCUACUCUUUAUUAAACUCGGGUAAUCAGCCCCUUCCACUCCUGCCCCUUUUGUUGACGUUGCUGAACCCUGCAGAUUUAGCUCUGGCUGUGAUCUGGAAUGAAACUCAGACAUCAAACUGCAGAAAAAUGAAUCAACGUAAAUUGAUUGUACUCUGAUAAAUUUUCAUAGAAGUCUCAAAGAUGUGAAGAAAUGAAAAGGGACAGUGCUAGAAAUAUGCAACAUGUCAGUUAGUCCUGAGAUAGGUUCAUUAUCUUGUCAAGUAUUUGGAACAUUUACUCGUCUUUGGCUGAGCGCUGAUGUGUGAUAUCCUGAACCUGUUCCGUGCUCAGCCAUAACCAAGAGCAGUCAGUAUGUUUGUAGCAUCACAGUGCAGUGUCCCAGGGUUACCUCUGUCAGCGCCCUAAGGAGCUUGGGCACAAAGGGGACAGUUUACAGUCAGUGACUGGAGUGGCAG